UCAGCUGUGAUUGUGCAAUGCGAGUGCGUGCAGUGGGCCGUUCUGUGAACUAGGGCUAUUUUACGUAGCAAACCCGCAUGUCAAAGUUCAGAGCUACGAGAGAGCGUGGCCCACGUGAUCAAUCACUGAUAUGACUCAUGUUUUUCAUAAAACAACAUUGCAGAACAAAUGCAGAAACUCUCGAUAUGGAACUGGGAAUUUUGGCGUGCUAAAUAUAGAUUGUUCAGAUCAAUUAAUUUUCCAAUAUUCAGACUUUGUGCAGAGGAAUAGAGAGGAACCAUGAAUUCUGUGAAUGAUGAUGCACAAUUUGGAUACACGUUUGUUGGUCGUGAAUUGGAGAUGGACGAAGUUUUGAAACGAUGGGAAAAGUGUCGCAUAUUUGGAAUCUACGGCCAACCUGCCGUCGGCAAGACCAAAUUUGCUGAGAGAGUCUUACAAAACGUCGAUACGUGGUACAGAAAAGAGAGGUCUGUAGCAAGAUGCCUGCCGCCUGGGAAAACCAGCAACAGCGAAAUUGAUCGAACAGAUAAUGACAAAAUAGUGCCCCUUUAUGUGGCGAGGGUGGAUCUCACAGGAGUACAAUCUGCACUCCAGAUUAUUGAACGAUUCAAUCUAGCCACGAAGUUUCCUACAUCGUUCAACUACCAUGACCCUUUCGACGAGGCGUCGCAGUUUAACUGGAAGCACGACUUGGCUGCGCAUAUAAAGAACCAUUUUGAUAAGGUGUGCAAGAGAUACGUCAUCUUAAUAGAUAAUUGCGAGCACGUUGUCGUUGCUGAUGAAAAGAAUUUUACUGAGUCCAAGCUUCAGAAUGACUUAACAGCCGGUACGAAAGAGGAUACGGAUGCCGACCCUGACUAUCUGCAUCAGGAUAGGCCCAUCCAAACAUUGCUACUGAAUCUGAUUGGAGACCUAGUCAAGCAAUGCCAAAACCUAUGGGUAUUAUUGGUAUCAAAAUACAGUUUUAACUUUGCCUCCCUAGGCAGAGUUUAUCACCCAGUCCGAUUGUCUCGAUUGACUACCGAAGAGGGAGGGUCAUUGCUGCAGGAGGUGUGCGACUCUGUCAAGUUCAGAAAUGACCAACUUGAGGAAUUAGUAGAAAAGUGUGAAGGCGUGCCCCUACACAUCAUAGUUGUAGGGACCGAGUUGAAUGGCAGUGAACAUUUGUACAAAGCAGGUGGAUUGCUAGAAGUUCUUAGGGAAGAUAGACUGCGGUCAUUAGGAGAAGAGGGUCUCACCGACGACGAGAGAGCGGAGAAAAUAGAAGCGAAGGAAUUCAGUAGGCUACCACCCAAAUUACAGAAAAAUGCGUUAUCACUGGUCAACUUACAGAAUGGUUGCAGUAAAGAAGACAUGGCAGCACGGACAGGAUAUACGUCGACUCCCAUGGCAAUGCGAAAUGUGGGUGCUCCUCUUAUCAGACGUGGCAAGGCUGACUGCAAUCCAAAUAAUGAAAAGAUAGCGCUUCUGCCGUUCACAGAGGAAUUUGUCGCGAACCGAACAGGACAGAAGUUGCCCAAAAAACUUGCUGAAAACAGUGCGAAUGAAAAUUAUUCGAAAGAGUCUAAAACGUCAAGUUUACCUCAAGUCACAGAGGCCAAUCCCUCAGUAACGUACCAUCAAACACACACUUCUGAGGUCGAGGCUAUCGGCACAACUGUGCAAGUCACCAAGUCCAAACAGGAGUCGGCGCCAAAAACAAGCGACAAGAAAACAAAACGAUCAAAACUUACUGUGGCCGAGCGUUUAGAACAAUCCGUGCGACCAAAAACGGCAUCUAUUAAAACGCCACUGCACUGUGCAAAAGCGGGUCCAAUGCUCUUUCCCAAUUACCCAUCGUCACUAAAGGAACGAUAUGUGACGAACCCGUAUCUCAAUACUCGAUGUUGCUUAUCUGACACAGAAUCUGUAGUCUCUGAUGUAAGAUUACCUGGGACGUACAACGAGCUUGAUACACAGCUCAGGAAGUGUGAAGAUUAUGAACAGAGAUCUGAGACAAACCCAGUCAACUUUUCCUCCCCACUGGAAUGGAAUAUCUUGCCAGAUAUAUCACGACCAGGCGGGACAGGGCCGAGUUCAUGUGAUGACAAUAACGACGGUUACAGUGAUUUAAGUACACACGUGGACUUCUUUGGUCCAAAAUUGAUGGCAGAUGGAGGUUUGAAUAACUCGUUUAGUUCGACUGACAGCAAUCAGACUCCGAGAAAGGAACUUGUAUGAACACAGCCCACAUGCGUUUUUUAAACUGAAAAUGAGCUAAGCGUGAUGAGAGAAAGAGUGAGAGAGAGAGAGAGAGA